ACUCUUAUCGUUGAACUGUGCAAUGCGAGCGCGGCGCUAUUAGUGUGUGUGCGCGCGUGUGCAUGCGGUGGCGGCGUGUGGGGGCGCUUGUGUAACAUUUUGACUCCUGUGUGCGCCAGCACGCUGUUUGAGUUAGUGUUCAAUUGGAUCGCUAGCAUGCUAGACGUUGCGCUCCGCUUCAAUUGUACGAGUAAACAAAAUUGUUGAGAAACUCAAUAAAAUCGCGCGAGCUUUUGUUAUUGCAGUGUGGCGGUGUGGAAGUGUCUUUAAAUAACAGUAUUUUGUCGGUAGCUAGCAAACAGCUGAUAAUCGUUAAUUUUUCCCGCGCGCGGCGGGUGACAUAUUCACAUUUACUCUAACAACAACAACAAGGCUAGCAGCAUGGCGUCCUUGAGUCAGCAGUGCAACCCGCGCGCCAAUGUCUUUCUAAUGGUCAAUUUGGGCUGUGAAAUGCUCUAUGUGAUUGAUCAACGCCUGAAGGCGCAACAAAUUUGCGAGGAAAAGUCAACUCAAGUUAUUCACGAUGUUACCGUUGUAUUACUCGAGCCAAAGUUCCUCGAUUCCCUGAUUGUCGGCUCGACACACCACAAUUCGCAAUUACUUACCGUCGAUCAUUGUAAAUACAUGCUCAAUGAUAUUGCCACCUCAUCAAUCAUGCGUCUCGACAAAAGUUCGAUGGACAAAUUAUGGAAUCUCAUGACAAUGAUCUACAAAUGGCAACUUUUCAACUCGAAACAUCCACAACAUUUACUCGAUAUAACUUUCAGACACUUGGACGCGAUUUGUCGCCUGCGACCCGAUGCACAACGCACAAUGUUGGUCGAUUUCACCAAGAAUGUGCUGCUCGAUUUCUGGAAUGUCUUGAGCGAUGACGGUCAAUGGGGCGUCUAUCAAACGAACAAAGCGUGGCUACAAUGUUUCAAUACGAAAAUAUCAUUACUCAUACGCCUCGGUUUCCAAAAUUUGGAUGGCACUUUUGUGCGUGCCGUAGAGGCCAGCUAUUAUAAGGAAUUCGUUGAGAGCAUCGGUGAGAAUGUGUAUGUGAAGAGUGUUGAAAUUGCCGAAGCACAGCGUCAAGAGAACAGCAGCAGCACGCGUGCGACGACGAAGCAACACGCUGAUCCGCUGGCGGAACUUUUUAAUUUGCCGCAAUCGGAUAGCGAAGAUCUACAACCGAUCGAUGCAAAUAAUUUUCAAAAGCAAUUCGAACAGAAUUUGCAACAGUGCAAUAUUUUAUUCUUCGAUUUGGAUGUGAAUGAAGCGACGACAACAAUCAGUAGAGGCGGAGACGACACUAAAGAGGAGCUGUAUGCGGUUGAGAAAGAUAUAGCAGCGGAGAAUGACUUCGUUGGCGCUUUUGGUAAUAGUGAGAUAUUACCCGAUUCCUCGACGAUGUUGUCGACGACAAAGCGGCGAGCGCAAGGCGAGUUCGUGCAAUUACCGGCGACGUAUAACCGUAAUGCGGAAACUGGGCGCGCCGGCGCUUUGGGUCUAAAUCGGGAUUUGCUUGAUUUAUAUAGUCAAAUACUUUAGAUUGAUGAGCAUAAGGAGGGCGCAAUAAAUGGUUUCAGCAUGUGCAUACAGUUGAAUGUAUAUAUACUAUUAGGGUGGGCAAAACAAACUUUUUUGUUGGAUAAAUUCAUAACACAAAAUAUUCCAUAUAAGAACUGGAUUUUGAUCGUUCAGUUUGUAUGACAGCUACAUGCUAUAGUGGUCCGAUUUGAACAAUUUCUGCGGAGAGUGUAGAGUUGUCCUGGAUAAUAACAUACGCCAAAUAUUGUAGAUAUUUCUUCAAAUUAAAAAUGUUUCCAUACAAGAACUAGAUUUUGAUCGUUCAGUUUGUACCAUGACAGCUAUAUGCUAUAGUAGUCCGAUUUGAACAAUUUCUGCGGAGAUUGUAGAGUUGUCCUGGAUAAUAACAUAUGCCAAAUAUUGUAGAUAUUUCUUCAAAUUAAAAAUGUUUCCAUACAAGAACUAGAUUUUGAUCGUUCAGCUUGUAUGG